GGAGGCGACGUCGAGGAGCGAAGAUGUGAGAGGACGGCAUCGUCACGGCAAGGCCCAGUGCCACGCGAGCGCAAACCUUAUUUAUAUAUUUAUCCUGCAUUUGUUGUACACUCUCGCACACGCCUCUCUUACAGCCAGCGUCGGCCGACGCGCUAAUUGCAAUUGCUUGACCCGCCCCGUCGUCGUCGUCGUUCACCAGCCGUUCUGAUUUGUCGGCAAACACGCAGCCCAACAUGAACAAGACAGUCCAGGACUUGACCGCCGGUACUGCGGGUGGCAUUGCCCAGGUGCUUGUGGGGCAGCCUUUCGAUAUCGUCAAAGUGCGCAUGCAAACGUCGGCUAAGGGGACGUACACCGGCAUGAUGGACUGCGCCGGGCAAAUCUUCAAGAACGAAGGACCAUUGGCGUUCUACAAGGGAACGCUGACCCCGCUCCUAGGCAUAGGCGUGUGCGUCUCCAUCCAGUUCGGCGUGCUGGAGUACACGAAACGUUACUUUGGGCAACGGAACCGGGCGAAUGGGACUGGGGGCAGCGAUGGCAUGACGCUUGGCGCUGGCCAGUUGUUCACGGCCGGAGUGCUCGCUGGGAUAGCGAACGGUGUCGUCUCUGGACCAGUGGAGCACAUCCGUAUCCGCUUACAAACCCAGAGCGACAAGAAUCGCGUGUAUAACGGGCCGUUCGACGCCAUGAAGAAGAUAUACGCGGCGCACGGCAUCGCCGGAAUCUACAAGGGUCAGGUUGCCACCCUCAUCCGUGAAGCGUCCGGUUACGGCAUCUAUUUCCUGACAUACGAGAAGCUCGUACAAUGGGAGAUGGCGAAGAAGGGCAUCCGGCGAGACCAAAUUAGCGCCGCGAACGCCGUCUUGUACGGUGCCGCUGCGGGGUACGCGCUCUGGGCGAUCAUCUACCCGAUAGACGUGAUUAAAUCGCGGAUGCAGACCGAUGGGUUCUCCCCGGCCACGGGGCAAAAGUACAAGUCUACAAUGGACUGCGUGCGCACUGUAUGGCGCGCGGAGGGCGUUCCCGCCUUUACUCGAGGACUCGGACCUACAUUGAUCCGGUCUCCGUUCGCAAACGGCGCUACCUUCCUUGGGUUUGAAUUGGCGAAUCGCGCGCUCAACUCGUGGUCAGCCUCGUGAAGCCUUGUUAAAUCUCGCUUCCUUGCUACGCGUUUGCUCGGAUCGCAUGCUAUAGAUUAUGUUAUAUGCUCCUGUGCCAUAAUGUCAGUCCUACCAAUAUUACGCACCAUAGAGCAC